UAAAGGCCUGGCAACUAAGCAAACAACUUUGAAUUAGUCAUAAGCGAAGUGUAGUGUUAUUUUGUAAAACGUUGACAAAGAAACGUUACAAUGAAUCAGCAGGCAAUUUUUGAAGUUAUGGCACCAGUUUCAGUGGAAAAAAUUUAUGGGGACGAGGGAACAGGAGCGCAGCAAGACGUAAAUGUGUGGAGGGCUCGAAUGGAUUCCAUCCCUCAAGGUGUUUAUAUGAUCGGGGAUGUUGCAUUUGGAGCGCAUACGUCUUCCUUUCCUCUACACGCUGUGGUUCUGGUGAAGCCCUUGUUCAAGUACGACCAUCUUGGCGAGAUUAUCAAACCUCCAUGCUCCUACGAGGAAAUUUGGACCGACAAGGGGUCCGGGGGUCGACAGGAUGGCUCCUUUUGGCGAGUGCAUGCUCCUCCAGGCUUUGCGGCCUUGGGUGAUGUGGCAUGCAAUAACUAUUCUCAGCCUACCUCUGAAUUUACCGCUAAGUAUGCCUGCAUCCGAAAAGAUUUGCUUUCUGCCCAUGCUGAGCUGUCUUCCCCCGCUUUGUGGACCGAUAAGGGCUCUGGAGCACAGCGAGAUGUGUCACUGUGGACCGUCCGAGGCUAUUACCAGCCGACUGGAUGUUUUAAAGCUCAUAAAGCUCACCAGAAACCAAAUUUGGAAGUAUUCACUCUACCAGUCGCCAAGAUAUACAGGAAGGAGUGCGCUAAUAAUCUGAACUACUUCUAACUUUUAGAUCGAUGAAGGAAGUGCAACUAGUGACUUCGUUGAGGAUUCUUUAUCUCAAAGGUGUUUUCAUCUUUGUCAAACGUUUUUGAUUAAGCAUGUAUCCGCACUUGUUAUUCUUUAAAGGAACCAAAUGCAAUGGCGUUUUUAAAAGAAUUACAGAAGUUGUUUUAUUGUUAAAUGACCUUGGAUAGCUAGGAUAACUAGAUAGGAAAACAGGAAACUUAAAUUUGCUCAGAAACACUUAACUUCGCUUAGUUGGACUUUAGAAUCUGCGGGUAGCUCUUUAAGUAAACAAGAAAUGUUUAACGUUCGUUGUUUAAUGUUCGUUGUUUAAUGUUCGCUUUAGAUGUGCAGUUCCUUAGAUUUUUCUCAAUUAUGCAUAUGCAUCAUAGUAUCGAUCACAAAUAAAGCCUUUGUUAUCUUGAAUUUGAA